GGGGGCAGUGCAGUCACCUCAGGGCUCCCCGGAUCCUCGGGGAGGAUGGGGGGCAGCGCAAUCACCUCAGGGCUCUCGGAAUCCUCAGAGGGAAUGGGAGCAGCGCAGUCACCUCAGGGCUCGGCUGACCCGAACCCGGGGCCACCCCCAGAACCCAGCAGCUGCUUUCCCGCAGCAGGUUAAAGGUGCCCCUUCUCUGCCCUCUUUCCCUUUCAUAACCCUGCCGAGGUUGCUUGAUCGUCCGCAGCUGGCUGCGGCCCGGUCCGCGACAACCAAGGGCUCUGCUGGGGGGGGGGGAGGUGCGAUGCGGUGGUACAGAUGGUGUCUCCGAAGAAGCUUUUGGCUGCCUCAGUUAACCUGUGAGGAAAAUCAUGGGUUGGGGCAGGCUGGAGUUGGAGCACUGCGAGCCAAGGGUUUCCCACACCGACAGCAUCCUCCCUCAGAGAGGUCUGAAGUCAUGGGAUCCUCCUCAAAAGUCCUGCGAGGCCCACGCAUCCCAUGGGUGAACACCCUGUGGGUCGGAUGUUGUGCCCAUCCUGUACGUGUGUGGUGUGAUCCUGGAGAGCUCUGCAGCUGGCACUGUGAGAAACUGCAAAACCCAACGUGUGUCAGACAGGAACAAGUCAUCAGGAUGUCAGCAUUGCCACUGGAUAAACUCCAGCUGACAGAAAAGGAUCCCAAGACAGGGAAGCUGAGAACUUUACCAGAACUGCGCCCAGAAAUAAAAGCAGAUCGGUGUUUUGUGCUAUACAGACCCCCACCCUCUGUCAGAGACCCUGCUUUAGUGGAAGAAUUCUUGGAGCGAGCACAAUUCAUUGCAGAUGACCUGAACUGGCUUCUGGCUUUGCCUCAUGAGAAAUUUUGGUGCCAGGUGGUAUUUGAUGAGACCCUUCAGAAAUGUCUGGAUUCCUACCUCCACCAUGCCCCUCGGAAGUUUGAUGCCCUCUGGGAUUGCCAUCCUGAGGUGAAUGACAUGCAGAGAUGUCUUCACAGGAGAGUCUUCCUGACUUUCCUCAGAAUGUCCACUCACAAGGAGUCCAAGGAUCAUUUUAUCACUCCCUCUGGCUUUGGAGAAAUUAUUUACAAUAACUUCCUGUUUGACAUCCCUAAGAUUCUGGAUCUUUGUGUGCUUUUUGGAAAAGGAAAUGGCCCCCUGCUCCAGAAGAUGAUUGAAAAUAUCUUCACUCAGCAACCAAGUUACUACAGUGACCUGGAUGAAACCCUGCACACUGUCCUCCAGGUGUUCAAUGACAUUCUGACUAAAUGUGGCCUGCAGUGUGAAGGAGCUUCUGCUGAGCCCCAGAGAUUGGAAGAAAGAGCAAAUGUGACUCCAGAGAACAUGCCCUGCCAGGAGCUGAAGGAUAUUGUCCUGUUCUUAUGUGACACUUCCACAACACUCUGGGCAUUUCUUGAUGUCUUCCCAUUGGCAUCCCAGACCUUCAAAAAACAUGAGUUUUGCUACAGAUUAGCUUCCUUUUAUGAAUUGGCAAUUCCUGAGCUGGAAUCUGCAAUUAAGAAGAGGCAUUAUGAGGAUAACAGUGUGUAUGCUGAUUUGUGGAGGAGAAUCUCCCAUUCCCGGAAGAAGAUGAUAGAAAUUUUUCACAUCCUAAUAAACCAAGUCUGCCUGCAGCCCAUCUUAGAAAGCAGCUGUGAGAACAUCCAGCCUUUUGUUGAGGAAUUUCUACAGAUCUUCACUUCAGUGCUUCAGGAAAGAAGAUUUCUUCGUGACUAUGAUGAGCUGUUCCCUAUUGAGGAUGAUGUCAGUCUGCUUCAGCAAGCAUCCUCCACACUAGAUGAAACCAGGACAGCCUAUAUCCUCCAAGCAGUGGAAAGUGCAUGGGAAGGGGCAGACAGGAAAAAAACUCAAGGCCUUGAAGAUCCAACCCUAGCAUCAGCAUCUCACGGAGCAUCAGCAAUGGUGGAGAGCACUGCUGAGGACAUGGAAGAGCUUGGGGCUCCAUAUGCAUCGGAGGAUGAGUGUGCUGGUGCUGCUGCCCCCAUGGCCAAGGUGUCUGGGGUGGAGCUGGACUCUCUGAUCUCUCAAGUGAAAGAUCUGCUGCCUGACCUUGGUGAAGGCUUCAUCCUGGCCUGCCUGGAAGAAUACAAUUACAAUGCAGAGCAAGUGAUCAACAACAUUCUAGAAGAUAAACUGGUGCCAUCCCUGGAUAAGCUGGACAGAGCAAUGCAAAGGCAGCUGAAGCCAGACCCUACUCCUCUGGUCACUUCUCGUUCCAAUGUUUUCCAGAAUGAUGAGUUUGAUGUUUUCAGCAGGGAUUCAGUAGAUAUUUCUCGGAUCCAAAAAGGCAAGAGGAGGGAGAAGGACACGACCAGGAGCUUGCUGAAUGACAAGCAGCUGGUUGCUGAGCAGAAGGAGCGCUACAGGCAGUACAGCCUGGUUGUGGAGGAGGUUGUGGAGCAGCUCUACCAGGACUAUGAGGAUGAGUAUGAUGACACUUAUGAUGGCAACCAAGUGGGGGCAAAUGAUGCUGACUCAGAUGAUGAGCUGAUCAGCAGGAGGCCAUUCACAGUUCCUCAGGUCUUGAGACCUAAGGGACAGGAGGAAGGACAGGAGGAAGAGGAUGAAGAAGAGGAGGACGAGGAGGAAGUUGAAAAGGAAAGAACAAAGGACCACUUUGUGCAGGACCCAGCUGUGCUGCGGGAAAGAGCUGAAGCCAGGAGGCAGAUGCACCUUGUGAGGAAGGGGCACAAGCAGGAGAGCUCAGCUGUUGUUGGGAAUGUGAAGGGCCACGGGCAGAACCGGGAGACGACACAGGAGCGAAGGAAGAAGGAAGCAAACAAAAGCACAAGAGCCAACCACAACCGGCGGGUCCUGGCUGACAGGAAGAGGAAUAAAGGAAUGAUUCCUUCCUGAAGGACUCCUGGCCCAGGUGUUGCAGCAUCCCCAGCCCUCUGCUCUGCAGGCUGUGGUCCUGCUCCCUUCCCUUGGCACUCCUGGACUUGCUGCUGUGGUUCAACACCUCCCACUUCAGCCCACCUAGAGUUGGGUGCCCACGGGAGGGCUGCUCCUCCCUUUAGGAGAAAUGUGCCUGUGCCCAUCUGCACCACCACGUGUGGGGUGGGCUAUGCCAGCCAGGCCUUUCCUUUUUGUACUAUUUGUAAUUCUGAGAAUUUUAUUUUCAUAUUGGCUCCUUCCACCCUCUCCUCACCUCAGGCAGGCUUCCAGCCCACCCAGCAGGCAGAGCAGAGCUGCUCUGGAAGAGCUCUCUCAGCUCCCUGCUCCACUGAACUGCCUUAUCCUGAAGUACACCUUGAAGGUUGAUAGGAAAGCACUCAGGUUGUUCCUGUUGCUGACCAACACCCAGGAGUUCAGGUGAACAAGCCCUUAUCAUAAAUUUCUGUCCCUUGAGUGAGGCGUGUGAAAACAGAACCUGCAAAUAAAUGAUUUCAGACUUCUAGUUGGUGUUUUAGGCUCUUAUGAACCAUAUUGAUCUUUCACUUGGAGGAACCUCAAUGAGUCUUUUAGCUGUGCUAUAUCUGCAGGCAGGGAAAUUCACUUCCUGCUUGGUGUUGGUUCAGAGUAGUGAGAUCCAGCCACAGCCACUGAGCCUAAAGAUGCUGAGAGACUGGGAUGAAGGCAGCCUGAGCAAGGUGACAGUCAUGUGGCUGUCAGAGUCCCCUGGGAACUGCCACCUCAAAAACCACUUGUCACACUCUGGGAAGCAGAAUUGCCCUGAUCAUCACCUUUGCUGACAGCAAACAGCAGUUUGUAGUUGCUGGAAGGACUUUUCCUUUUGUCAGGCAGUUGUUAACCUGGUGGAGUUGGGACUGUCCCUGCCUCCAGCACAGGGGCUUGGAACCAGGUGGUAACUUCAAGUUCCCUCCCAACCCAACCCAUUCUGUGUUCCCUAAGCAGAGAGCUACACCAGUUACCAAAUGUACUUUGUAACCUGUUGGUAAGGUGCUCAAAGC